AUAUUUUACUAAUAUCAUAUUUCAGAUCAAAUUACAUAUAUAGAGAGUAGCCAAUACAGUAAACAGACAUGAACCAUUUUAUAUUCCUUCCCCUGGUUUAUUUCAUGGGAACAGCUAACUGUGAUAUUACUGAUGAUCUUCUCGCUGACAGUGUAGAGUGUAGACAAGAUUUUCUAGCGAUCAAAGAUCAUUGCAAGUUCAGCGAUCAUUUAAAGGGGAACGAAGGGAACAACUGGUUAGUCCUGGAGUGUCUGCAGAACCCCCCGGGUCAAACUAAACUCUCAGAACAAUGUGAUCAUUAUCUUUGGAGAUUCAAACUUCAAAUCACACAGGGAGGAUUUAUAGAACAUGCAGAGAAAACGUGUAAAGAGGAGAUAAAUCAAUUAAGACUAUGUGAACAAGACCGGAACUCUGCUCCUGGACACUUCCUGUCUUGUCUGGUCGAGAACAAACAUAAUACAAAGAAUAUCGGUUGCAGGAAGUUUCUUGAAAGGGUUGAAACCUUAAUUUUCGGAGAUUUCAGGCUUGUUUCAAACUUCAUGAACGCUUGUCAGGCUGAUGUGGAUAAACUGAAUUGUGGGCGAACUGGUAAAUCAGAAAAUGAUCCUCAUUCUCAGGGUCGAACUAUCGCCUGCCUCGAGGAGAAGGUUACCGAGGUUGGAGAUGAAUGUAAACAACAGAUUCUACAGAUUGCUGAGAUGCAGGCUGAAAGUGUAACUUUAGACAGAGCCCUGGUGAUGGCCUGUAAAGAAGAUAUGUCAAGGUUCUGCAGCAGCCUACUGGAGGUGCCUAGUUCGGACCAGAUCUACGACUGCUUGAUGGUGAACAAGAUGAACGACGAGAUGUCUACAGAGUGCAGGAAGGAGGUUUCAAGACGACAGAAGCUUGUCAACGUCGACUACAAAGUCUCCAACACACUGAUAAAAGCUUGCAAAGUAGAUAUCAAGGAAAACAGAUGCAGGAAAGAUUUGGACAAGAAUAUGAAUGUUGGAUUGAACCAAAUCCUUGUUUGUCUCGAGGAUGCAAGGUUACAGGGUUCAACCAUUUCAGGUUCAUGCUCCCGUGAGAUGUCGGAGUAUAGACGAGCGCUGAUGGAGGACUUCUCUGUUAGUCCCGAGCUGGUUAAGGAUUGCUUCUACGAUGUUAGUCAGUACUGUCCUAACGCGGGAAAGAGCGGGAAAACUAUUCAUUGUCUCAUGCAGCUGUCUAUGGACAAAGACCCAGAUAAACUUCUUUCGCCAAAAUGUGACAAAACUUUGAUGGAAUUCUUGCGAGAUACUGAGGUAUGUUUGUACUGCACGGUACCCCAUU